AACUCAUUGGAUUCGCACCAUGCUGAAGUUCGUGAUCUUGUUGUCUGCUGUUGCCUGCGCCUUGGCUGGCACCGUCCCCGAGGGACUCCUGCCCCAGCUGGAUGGCCGCAUCGUCGGCGGUACUGCUACCACCAUCAGCAGCUUCCCCUGGCAGAUCUCUCUGCAGCGCAGUGGUAGCCACUCCUGCGGUGGAUCCAUCUACUCCUCCAACAUCAUCGUGACCGCCGCUCACUGCCUGCAGUCUGUUUCCGCCUCCGUCUUGAAGGUCCGUGCUGGUUCCACCUACUGGAGCUCCGGCGGUACUUUGGUCAGUGUGUCCUCCUUCAAGAACCACGAGGGAUACAACUCCAACACCAUGGUCAACGAUAUUGCCAUCAUUAAGCUAGCCAGCGCUCUGACCUUCAGCUCCACCAUCAAGUCCAUCAGCCUGGCUAGCUCCAACCCCGCUAACGGCGCUGCCGCCUCCGUCUCCGGCUGGGGUACCCAGUCUUACGGUUCCAGCUCCAUCCCCUCCCAGUUGCAGUACGUCAACGUGAACAUCGUCAGCCAGUCUGUGUGCGCUUCCUCCACUUAUGGAUAUGGUAGCGAGAUCAAGAGCACCAUGAUCUGCGCUGCUGCUAGCGGCAAGGAUGCCUGCCAGGGUGACUCUGGUGGCCCAUUGGUCUCCGGUGGAGUUCUUGUUGGUGUUGUCUCCUGGGGAUACGGUUGCGCUUACGCCAACUACCCCGGUGUUUAUGCCGAUGUCGCUGCUCUCCGCUCCUGGGUGAUCAGCAACGCCUAAGAUCUUUGCGAAAUAAAGAGAAUUUUCCGAUUAUAA